UAUCAAAGUAUAUGGAACAAAAUGGUACGAAACAAAUAUUAGGAAUAUUGAACUGGAAGUUUAAAAACACCCUGAGGUUCCUUCGCACGGAUCAACCGGAUCGUAUAGAUUUUUUUUUGUCGAACCAACUUUUUGCGUUAUUGAAAUUCUAAGGUUAUUCCAAUAUUUUGACAAUCGACUUCAACCAAAACGUCCAAUGUUGACAAACUGUAUAAUGUGCCUGUAUGCGUGUGGAUAGUUUUCCUCCCGUUUCAUAUUCGUACGCGUACGUGCAUCGUCCAGCAAGUAGCUGAAAAUAAUCCAGUUCUGGCAGUUGUGUUCGUGUUUGCGUUUAGGUAUUUACGCUGAAGUGAAUGAGCUAAGAUUUUGAAAGGAGCAGGAAAAAUAAAUAGAAUAGUGUUCAAUAAUUUAUGCAGCGAUCCAUAAUUCUGGGUGGAAUUUGCUGCAAAAAUGUGCUUGUGAAUAAACACCCGGAAAGUGACUUUUUGGAUCGAAAAGCGCAAUAAACGAAACAAUUGAAACCCGUGAAAAAUUCUUUCGUCUGUACUGCAUAAAGCGUAAUCUAUUGUUGCCUACGAAAAGUGUGUCGAUAUGGCAGACAAAAGCUCAACGGGAGACAAAAGUCCGGAGAAGGAGGCUACCAGCCCGACCGGAAGUACUUCUGGAUCGGGUAGCUGGUGGGGCUCCUGGUUGGAUACCGCCAAGUCCCGUUCUGCCUCGGUUCUGGAGGCAGUCAAGAAUGAUCUUACCGAACUGACAACGGCUGUGAAGACGGAAGCAACUAGCGCAACCGAAGCGCUUGGUCGUUCGCUCAGCCUCGGCGAACCGGAUUCCACCGUUGGGGCAAUGAAGAAAAGCUUCAGUUCAUUCCUUGGACAAGUUACCGAAGCGUUGGUACCGUCACUGGAGGAAGAAGAAGAGGGGGAAGAUGUGUUAAUUACCCACGAGGGGGCAGAUGGACUGACGGGAUUCCACAGACACUUGGCCGAGCUACAGUCGCUGGAAACGACCUAUCUGGACGAACCGUCGGAUGAGCUAAGCGAGAAAUACAAACGAUGGAUGGAAGUGGUAGAGCAAGAACAGUUCACAGAACCGAGACUGGCGCGGCAAUUGAGCAGUAGUACGAUCUUGAAUGACCAAUACUGCAUGCUGGUUCCGAAUCGGGUACCACACACGACUUUUUGGAAGAGAUAUUUGUUCAAAAAAGCGCUGCUAGAGGAUGCCAUCGCCAAUGCAGAUUUGGCUGAACGAAAGGCCAAGGCUGCAGUGGCUUCUACCGAAACCGUAGCACCAUCAAAAGUGAUCGUACAGACCGAUCAACCAAAACGGACAAUUGAAGAAGACAUUAUUCCAGAUGACAUCGCCUGGGCUGAAGUGCCGGAUUUUGACGCUACCAAUAUGGAACUGUCCGAGGAGGAACAGGCUCGCCUGCUGGAGGAGUACGAACAGGAAAUUAAAGAACGCGAAAAGGCGAUCGUUUCCGGCCAGAUGGAGCCAAUCGAUGAAGCUUUGCUCGUUCAAUCAGACAUCGAAAAGACUCCACAGAAGAAAUCGACCAUUGCCAGCAGCAACGCUAGCGGUACAGCGACAACGAAUAAAGCUCUAUCACAACCACAAAGUGCUAAUAGUAGAAACAUCAACCAAAAAUUCCAGCAGCAGCAAAAGGCUACCAAUGUGAAAAACGCCAGUAGGGUCGGGACUACCGGAACUAAACAGAAGACUCCGGCGAAGCCACAAAAGCAGCAACAGCAGAAGGAACUGAAGAUCGAGAAGGACCAUUUUACAAAAGAUGACGUUUCAUCAUCGAAUUCGGACGAAAGUUGGGAGAAAGAGUUUGACUUGGAAUGAACAGCAUUUUUUCCUUCUUCUUCCAGUCUACAGCUCACGGUAAGUGAUGGUGAUUAUUCCUCAAAACAGCUAUUUCAAAUUGUACUAGGAAAGUCCGUAUUCGUAUGUACAUUGUUAAUGGAACUAAUAGUUCAUUGAAACGCAUUUUAGAACAAAAUCGGUCUAUUACGUCGGGCACUGGUCCGGGAAAUAAUCGGAUUAUAUAAAAAGUGUAUUUGGACUUGAAAUCCUUAGAGAACACAUAUUUCUACAAAUGAGUUUUGUAAAUUUUAAAACAAGCAUGAUUGUCUUAAAUUCAAUUUAAGAUGUUAAUUAUUAGUAGGCAAAAGUGUAAUAAAAUAUUCAUGUUUAAUUUUAUUCGAUGCAUUCUAUAUUCAUAUAUUACUUCUUGUGACUUGAGAGUGCGUUUGAUUUGCAGAAUAAAAAGAGUACUGCUCCAGCAAACGAUGUGAAAUAAUUCAUCUGAUAUGUUACGUAGGAGGUCUGUAGUGUAAAAAUGAUAAUUUUGUUUCCUUAGAUAAUGACUACAAUAUUUGGUAAAUUUGGAUGACAUAGAAGAGAAAGCAGAACAUUAUUGCUAUCACUCUACGUUGCAAGCAGAAAUAAAUUAUAACGAGAAUUAUUUUACUACUAACCAAAAA